AAAUAACGCUCAAGUUACAUUUUGUGAUAAGCUUUUAAUUGCAGUAGGCAACAAAGCGGGCGGCGCAUUGCAAAUCGAAUAUUAAAAAAUAGUAAUCUUUACAUUUGUUAAGUGUAUUGAACUGUUUUCUGUUAGUAAAAGCGACAACUUCUUUGUGAGAAAAAUGCCUCCUAAAACUUGCCAAAAAACCACAGUGUCCAAAGUUACGGUUGAAAAGUCAGUGGUCGCAGCAAAACCAAAACCGAAAGCAGCAGGUUCAAAUGUUGCCAUGGUCCCCAUCAAUAUUACCGUAGUCAAUGGCGGCAGAUCUGGGGCCACCGGUGCCAGGCGCACACCAACUGUAAACGUGAAUAUAAUGCAAUCAUCUGUCAGUCAGACGAAAAGGGCCCCUGCUGCCAGUAGAGUCCAAUCGGUAACCACCACAACUGUUAAAAAAACGGCGAUUGAAUCAAAACCUGUAACUACAAAGAAACCAGCCAUUAAAGCUAAGUGCAUAAUGUUUGAAGUAUCCAGAAAGUAGUAAAUGCCAAUGGAGGAAUAUCCAGGCCAUUAUUGAAUUAAACUUCUCAAUCAUGGGUUUUUGUCCAUUCGAUGACUACAAAAAAAACAUUAAAUUUCUUUUUAAAAUUAAGGUGCAAGACCUGUAAGGUCUUUCAUCCAUAAAAAAAACGUAUAAAAUAAGCUUUAUCCACAGAAGGCCUGUCGAAUGUUGUCUCCUGUCUAUAAAACUCUUGUAAAUGUUUACAACUCCUCCUUUAUAAAAUGAAGUAUUCUUUUAUCAUUUCUUUUCCAAAUUCGAGGAAUAUUAUUAGAAUUACAAUUUUUAGAUAAGAAAAAACAAUGUGCAAAAUUGUUGUGUAAGACCUGUAAGGUCAUCUAUCUAUAAAAUGCGUUUUAAAUAAUCUUUUUAACUCUCGUUAAAUCAAGUAGUCUGUAAUAUUUUCUUGUCCAUUCUUGCAGUAUAACUAAACUUAAUUUUUUAAAAUGUGAUAUGAAUGUGUAAAUUCAUUGUAUAAGACCUGAAAGGUCUUUUAUCUAUAAAAUACCCAUAAAAAGUUAAUACUUAAUAUUAAAUGAAUUACUAAUUGAAUUUAAUGAAACUGAGUGUCGUAAUAUCUUGUUCGUUGUAAUAAUAUUAAAAUAAAAUUUCUCGGAUGAAAACAAUGAAGUAAA